AUGCCGACGUCCAGGAAACCCAUUACACCUCAACCUACGAGAUGGAAACCGAAUCCUGAUCCCUCAUCCAUUGUGAUUCCGGGUCUGGACACGGAAGCUUCAACGGUCGACCAAAUUGAACAGAUCGAGCAACUUAUCACAAUUAAGCUCCAGAACAUCGACGAAAAUUUCUCCAAAAUUCAUAAUGUGCUGGCUAACAAAUUGUUGCCUGCAGUGAAACGGUAUGCUGUGGGGACCGAGCCCGUUAGGGAGGCUGCAAAGGCAUGUUUUCCUUCGGUCAAGUUUUGGACCUCAUUCUACGAGCAAGCAGCCCAGAUUCGGAUACCGACGUUCGAUGACUAUUCCACUGUGAAUGAAGUACCUUCCGAGCAUGAGGAGAUUCAAGAACAAGCCGAUAAAAACACUGAAAUUGAAAACCAGACAACGCGUCCAGCUCCGGAGAUUUAUGAGACCAGUGCUGUAAAUAGCGAGACCUCAUUCAUGCCUGGGCAAGGCGCUUUUUCGUCGACUCCCGCUAUCGCUCGGCAGGGAGCCACCGAUCACAGCUAUGCAACACAGGGAUCGGAUCCUUCGUGGACGCCGUCUAUGGAAUCGCCUCUUGUGCGUUUGAAUAGGGAGAUUAACAAUUUUGUCAACGAGUCGACCGAAGACAGUAUCAUUACUUCUUCAUCUUCCGCUGCUCAGUUUACGCCGACUCCAGCUCCUGUAGAAACAAGACAAGAAUAUGAACCAUCCAACUUUACGUUCCAGGCACCUACUCCAAGUGAGGCACCGCGAUCUGAGAAAGGAAAAGGAAAAGCGCCUCCUCAGCCAUUGCUGAAAGAGGUCCUUCGGCAUACUUUAUUUAACGCAAAUGACAGUUCAUCUUUCACUAACAACACGAUCAAGACAUCUCCCUUCAAAUUCCGAGCAAAGCCUAAAACGCCCACAAUUGACAAAAGCCUUAAUCCGUAUCUACGCUCGGACGACACUACUGCGUCUACUAGUAAUUGGAGUGGGGUCGUGGACUUGCGAGAUCCGAAUGUGCUGACACCCAAACGCGGUCAAUCCAAGAAACUCGCUUCAAAAAACCCUACUAGUGCCUAUGACGACGACGAUGACUCGUUCGACGGACUGCCGCCUGGCAUGUCUCCUCCCGUGCUCAUGUCUCCAGCGCGGCCCCCACGCUCGUCCGCAGAACUGGGCCUGCUCAGACUCGGACAGACGCCCGCACGAGAUGCGUCGAUGCGUAUUCAGCACGAUCUCCUUCGCGCAGAACAGAUGAGGAGCGGUGGUGUUUCCAUUGGCGGACGGCGGCUGAGCACAUUCCCGAAACCUGACGAGUCGAGCAUGAGCAGCACUGCACCGACGCCACCGUCGCUUUCGCGCUACAGCCGGCGCGACGACUACAGCACGAGCAGUAGCGUGACCAAGGACUCGAGUCUGGAGAGUAUGAUACGCCACAUUCGUAGCGGGAUCGCGCCGAAUGUGGGCAUGACGCCUGGGAUGGGAUCGACGCCUGGCCUGCGGAUCCGUCCCCGAGCGCAGGCUCAACCACAACAGCAGCAACGGCAAGCAGAAGAAGCACCGCGUGCCUAUGAACGGGAGUACACACCACCUAGACAAUAUCAAGAAGAUCAACAACGAGGAUAUUCAUACCCAUCUGAACCCGCCACGCCGAUGUACGGGCAGCAGCAACACCUACGCGACGACGAUAUCGACUCGGACUCGGACUCUCUAGACGAAAUCAAUAAUACCGGACAUCCAUCCGCUGCUUUUCUUAUGGCUUCGCAGGGUAUCGGAGGGGACUACGACGACUCGGACUCGUUCGAGUCCAACCGGUCCGAUGACUCAUUGAACGAUGAGGCUGUCGCCGAGGGCAUUGUACCUGUUCACCCAUUCGCCAUGACCGGCGGCACGAUUGAAGACGAUGGGUUUGACGACGAUUCAUUUGACGACGACGAUGACAUGCAGCGAGGUCGUGGUGGGGAAGAUCAGUACGAGGAGGAGACUGUAUUCGGCGUGCAUCCAGCGCAGAGGCAGCAAUUGCACCAAGCACGACAAAGCGAUGGGCAGAAUUUGCGCAUGAUGGGGGAUACGCUGCUUCAAGAUACCAUUGGGAUUGGGACGCAGCUGGCUGCCUCUGGUAGAGUGGAAGAGAGCCCAACGCCUGCAUCAUGGGCGCAUUGA